AUGCUCCAGGAAUCUCCCGAGCAACAACUUUUCCGGCUCCAUUCCAGAGGCAAUCAGCAGCCUCAAGCAGCUGCAGGAGUUGUGAGUGGUGAUGGGGUAGACAUGCAAGGUGCUGGAGAUGAAGAGCAACAGGCUGAGUGGCACCAUUCCCGCCUGCAUGCGCCCACCUCACCGCACUCACCUCCCUGUGCGCCCAUUCUCCCUCCCCUUCACCCCUCCCCCCCCUUCUCCACCCCCUCGUUCCGCCUGCCUGUCUCUGCCAAGAAACGGGGGCAACUCAGCUACAACCGCCUCGCGGGGACGAUACCUGCUGCAAUCACCACGCUCACUAAUCUCGGAAUCCUCCACCUUGACCACAACCAGCUGACGGGAGAGCUGCCGUCCUUGCACCACAUGGCCCGUCUCACUUCCCAACGCGGACUCUCUAUACAUCGCAACUACCUCACAUCCAGAGCAGACCCUCCCCCUUUGAAUGCUGCCGGCCUGUACAAUGCUUCAGACAUUCCUUCAGACCGUGGCACUGAGGGGGAUGGAGGCGCGGCUGCAGCAGCUGUGGGCGCACCUGCAUGGGGUGGCAUCAGGGCACCUUCCCUCACACCCUCACCUCCACAAGCCACUGCUGCUGUUGGGGAGGCUUUGUCUGAUGUUCUUGCGCCUCACAAUCUGCUGCUGCUGCUGCUGCUGCUGCUGCUGCUGCUGCCACUGGCAGUGCUGCUGCUGCUGGCCUUCAAACUGCCGCAGUUUCUGAGGCGCCUCAAGAAUCGACCCCCCACACGCUACUUCUUUUCAAAGAGAGCACUUGCUGCCCGGCAAGCUGCUUUGGAUUUGGAGAUCACUUGCUAG